AUGCUGGAGAACCACGACGUCUGCAGACUGAUCGUCUUCGCAGACGUAAAACACACGGCCGAAGCAAUCGAACAAGGAACAACAGGCUCUCUCUUCUCCCUCCUCCCCGCCGCCCCACCCCCACAGGCUUGCAGGGUGAGUCCGCUCAAUCUCGCGGCCUGUAAUGUCCCUUCCCUUUUAGACAAAACGAUAAGCAACCGACCGGAGUGGAGGACGGCGCUAGUGGCUCGGGAACUGGCGCGCUACAAGGUACACAUCGCUGCACUAAGCCAGACCCGGUUCUCCGAACAAGGCCAACUGAAGGAUGUGGAUGCCGGCUGCACAUUCUUCUGGAGCGGUCGUCCCGAAGCAGAGCGACGGGACGCGGGCGUCGCAUUUGCCAUUCGGAACGACAUCGUGGGACGACUACCCUACCUGCCGCAGGCCAUCAACGAUCGCCUGAUGAGCCUCCGCCUGCCUCUCGGGGAUGGAAAAACGCCAUCAUCGUCAGCGUCUACGCCCCCCUUUCGAUGACCGGCCUUAACGGGGCAAGGAACAAAUCCUACGAGGACCUGCACGCCCUCCUGGCGACUGUGCUAAAGACGGAUUAGUCGGUUGUCCUUAGCGACUUCAACGCCCGCGUCGGCACAGACCAUGCUGCGUCGAGAGAAGUGCUGGGUCCCCAUGGUCUCGACGACUCCAAUAACAGUGGCCUAGUCCUCCUACGAACUUGUGCAGAACACCGCCUCAUCCUGACAAACACCUACUUCCGCCUCCUAAUGCGAGAGAUGGCCACCUGGAUGCACCCUCGGUCGCGACACUGGUACCUGCUGGACUACGUCCUCGUCCGCAGGCGAGACCAGCUGGACGUGCUUGUGACAAAGACGAUCCCGGAUGCCGACGGGUGGACCCAAGGUAAGCGACUCCCAGAUAAGAGGAAUAGUGCUUUGUUGUCUUUGACUGCUCACUUUCACCACUUCAAGAGUGAACAGUCCAAAGGCUAGCCAAGCAUUCAUUUGCCGCCACCGCCACUGACGAGAACGCCUCCGUGGAGGACCGAUGAUGCCAACUGCGGGACACAGUCCAAUCGACGGCCCUGGCUGUCCUUGUUCGCUCACGUCGCCAACACCAGGACUGGUUCGAUGACAACGACGCCGCCAUCAGCAACUUGCUCACCGAGAAGAACAGCUUGCCCACAGCCUGCGUCAUUCGCCCCACCGAAAAUUAUGGGGAAGUCUUCUACAGUAGUCGCUGUCUUUUUCAACAGCGAUUGCGUGAGGUGCAGGAGGUCUGGAUGGCUCGCAAGGCUGAGUAGGUUCAGGGGUGCGCGGUUUGAAACGAAUAGAAGAAUUUCUUUGACGCGAUCGAGACUGUCUACCGUCCCACAGCCAAAGGGACUGCUCCUAUUCUUAGCGCCGACAUCAAUACCCUACUCACCGAGAGGACACAAAUUCUACGGCGAUGGGCCGGGCACAUCAGAAGCGUCCUCAACCGUCCCUUCGCCAUCUCCGACGCUGCCAUCAUCCGUCUGCCUCAAGUGGGGGUCAACACCGAUCUCGACCUACCGCCCUUUCUCCACAAAACCAUCAGCGCCGUACAGCAGUUCCCCAGCGGGAAGGCGCCCCGAUCGUACGUGAUCCCUGCUGAAGUCUACAAACGCAGUGGCCCCCAACUCAUGGGUAAUCUAACGGCGCUCUUCUAGUAGAUGUGGCGUCAAGGACGCCACAAACAUCCAUAUUUACCAGCGAAAAGGUAAUCGCCAGUUCUGAAAAAACCACCGAGGCAUCUCCCUGCUGAACAGAGUUCGCAUUCUUCUCAAACGUCUGAACAUCCAUCUGGAACAGGGUCUCCUGCCGGAAAGCCAGGGCGACAUCCGCCGUCGUCGCAGAACCACCGACAUGCUCUCGCCGCCCGCCAACUGCAGAAGCAAUGUCAGGAGAUGCGGACCCACCUCUACUGUACCUUCGUGGAUCUGACGAAAGCCUUCGACACGGCGACUCACGAAGGACUGUGCAAAAUCAUGCAGAAAUUCGGCUGUCCUGAACGAUUCACUGAGAUGGUGCGUCAGCUCCACGAUUGCAUGAUAUCUCGAGUCACGGACAAUAGAGUUGUCUCGGAGGCAUUCUCAGUGACCAACGGGGUGAAGAAAGGCUGCAGCUUCGCGUCUACCCUCUUCAGUCUUCUGUUCUCUGCCAUGCUAAUAGACGCCUACCGUAACGAACGCCCAGGGAUCCGCGUCGACCAUAGAACGGAAGGCCACUUCCUCAAUCGCAGGCGGAUGCACUUCAAGUCGCGUGUAUCCACAACUACCGUCCAUGAACUUCUCUUCGCUGGUGACUGCUCCCUUCAUGCAACUACUGCAGGAGACAUGCAAAGAAGCAUGGAUCUCUUCUCCGCCGCCUGCGAGAACUUCGGCCCUAUCAUCAACACGAAGAAGACUGUGGUCAUGUAUAAACCGCCAUCCGACGCUACCUACGUUGCACCCCAAGUCCACGUGAACGGCGCCCAACUGCAAGUGAUGGACAACUUCACGUAUCUGGGCAACACCCUCUCCCGCAGCACCAAAAUCGACGAUGGGGUGGCGUGCCGAAUUUCUAAGGCCAGUCAAGCCUUCGCUCAUCUGCAAAACACAGUUUGA